UCCUGUAAAUCAAAAGAUGACUUGAUGGAUUCAAAUUUAUGGCGUCAUGAUGUUGUGAUAUACUUGUAUAAAGACUAGUAUUUUUGUAAUUACCUUCCAAAAUGGGCUCGUGUGUGUUGAAACCACUAUGGGUUCCCUGUGUGUUGAGUCGGAUAGACAAGAUGGCGGCCGCCACCAAGAGACUCGGGGAAAUUUCCCGUUCUAUGUAUUUUCUCCAAUCGACGAGAAGAGUCUUCUUCGCUCAACAGCAAUGCUCUCUAUUCUCAAAGACUAGUAAUAACAGCGCUUACGUACGGGAGUUUAAGACGACAUGGCCCUAUAUUGGCUCCCUUAUAUUCGGUAGUUUUGUAGGCUACCAACUAAGAAACUUCUUCAAUCAGAAAGAAAUCGAAGAAAUAAGCAUUCUUUCUGAGGUGCACGCUAGAUCAGACCCAGGUAAUGGAUCACUCCCGCCUUCCAAGCGAUUCAACUUUAUUGCUGAUGCAGUGGAAACGGCGGCUCCGGCAGUUGUGCGCAUUGAAGUGACCGAUAGAAGAAUGUCGGGUUAUUACAUGAGGGGACACAGGGGGCCGAGUAGUUUAGGAUCAGGGUUUAUUGUUAGCGAGGAUGGCUUGGUGCUGACUAACGCUCACGUGUUGGAGAACGCCACAGAUGUCACUGUUAAGCUUAAGGAUGGGCAGGAGUUCCGUGGGGAGUUGCUAGACCUAGAUCCUGUAAAGGAUUUGGCAGCAAUCAAACUAAAGUCAAUUAAUGGGCAACAAAUAAAGUUUCCAACCAUCAAGCUGGGGUCGUCUUCAUUGCUCAGGCCUGGUGAAUGGGUGGUCGCUAUGGGUAGUCCUUUGAUGCUUAGCAACACGGUGACAUCAGGAAUCAUUAGCACUGUACACAGAGGAGGGGGAGAGCUUGGUCUGCCUAACCGUGAGAUGGAGUACAUCCAAACUGAUGCUCCCAUCAAUGUGGGUAAUUCAGGUGGACCACUUGUUAAUUUGGAUGGAGAAGUAAUUGGCAUCAAUGUGAUAACUGUCAAGUUUGCUGCUGGAAUAUCAUUUGCUAUACCUAUUGAUGCUGCUAAAGAUUUCCUGAAGGGAAUCCCAGAAAGAAGGGGUUUAAAAAGUGGUGGGAUUAGCCCAAGAAGGCUGGGUCCUCGUCAGCGAUGGUAUAUUGGAAUCAGUAUGCUUAGCCUGACCCCCCAGAUACUUGAAGAGCUGCAGAGACGAGAUUCACGUUUUGAGGACAUCAAUGGUGGCGUCUUUGUUGCAGAGGUUAACUUUGAAUCACCUGCUCACAAAUCUGGUUUAAAAUCUGGGGAUGUUAUCGUCAAAAUAAACAAUGACAGCAUUAAAACAUCCAAGGAGGUCUAUGAGUUUGUAAAGAAGGGGGAAACAUUGGACAUUGAGAUAGUUAGAGGAGGACAAAUAAAACAUGUCACAAUUAGCCCUCAAGUUGUGGGUUAAAAUUAACCCAAGUUAGUGUUAAAAUCAAAUUCAACAUAAUAAAAGAGAGUAUUAUUUGUUUUUUUAAAUGCAGAUUAAAUGAUCUCUCAUGCACUUCCAAA